UUUAAAUAUCGUUAUUAUAUAAUCUAAUAACAACUUGGACUGUACGCUUAAAUACGUCCAAUUAUAUCAGACUUGAAUGAAGUGCACAAGAGUUUUUAAUUUUAAGCUCGAUGGGGUCAAAUUGGUUCAGCUCCGGAUUUCAAGGUUUCGUUGAUGUCGCAUCGAAAUUGCCAACGCAGAUAGUAAAAUAUGUAGAGGAAAGAAAGCAUAAACCAGCUAAUUUUUCGGGUAUAGCAACUAUUCAUGAUCUGCCUAAAUCUUUUUUUUUCUUUUGAGAAAUGAUCCGCGUAAUUAAAUUUUGUCCAUAUUAAAAUCAUUGACCAGCCAGACUAGGCGAGUGACGAGAUUCGAUAUUAAAGUUAAUAACCUUGUUAGAAAAAAAGUCAGAAAUUCCACGAAUUUUUGUUUUUUUUUUCACGAAUUUUACUUAGCCUAACGUUGAAAAUAGCAAAUCAAACGAGAGAGAGAAAGAGAUAGCUCAAACUCACGUGCUCUUGGCCAUGGUGCAUGGAAAAGAUGAACCACGUGCAUGGAGAAAUGUGAGAUGGCAACUUAAACUUACUAUAAUAUUUUUUUGUCACCAUUCAAUACAUGUUGUUUAAGUGUUUUUCUACUAUAAAUGUUUAACAUUUUAGUAUUCAGUUGAUCGUAAGAAAUAUUAUUUUAGUAAGUAAUAAAAUGCCUACGUUUUAUAAAUUGUUGUAUAAGUACUGUAGAUCUAGUAUAUCUUUAGUAUACAAGCACAAAACUGUUGUAAGAAUAGUUAUAAUUUCUGAAGUUGAGUUUGUUGUUCUCCUCUGUUCUUUUCUUUGCUCUUCAACCUCAGUCACUUAAUAAAAUCCAAGGCAGAAAAACUUUCACAAUUUUGAAGUUAUAAGUUAUAAAUCAGCUCAUAUGCAAACAUUAUCUUCUAAGCGGACACCUAUCCAUCCACACUGCCCAUCAACUCUGUUAUUAUUCUUAAUAUCUCUAGCUCUGAUCAUCUCUGGUGUGAGCUCCCGUGUCCUAAGUCCUGUCCCUCUAAAUAACUCUAUCUUGAUCUCUGAUGGCAUCCAUGGCGCCUCGGAGUAUGAGUUUCUAACUCUAGAUCCUCCAAAGAACGUCUCUAAAGCAGCUUGCCUUCAUGUCUACGGGUUUCUUCCGUGUGCAGACAAUAUUGGAGGUUAUGCCUUCCAAGUUUUCUCUUUUGGGUGUCUCUUGGUCAUCGGUGACUAUUUCUUGUCUGAAGGAAGAUCAAAACUCUUUGUAAUCUUCGAGGUCGGUUUCUAUGGUGGUAUUGUCUUCCCUCUUCUUACAAUGUUCCCAAGAAUUGUCCUUAUGCUCUCGCCUGGAUUAUCAGCGACCCAUGAUGGUGCUCUGGCGAUUGUGGGUAGCAACGUUGGUGUUACUGUAGGGCACACAGUUUUUGCUCUAACAAUGCAAUGGGGAGCUUGUGUUGUCUUUGGUUUGACUAGCCCUAGUUCAGGCCAGUCAACCCCAAGAGGAUCAAUCAAAAGAACAACCUCUGAUACAAAGAAUCCAAGAAGAGGGUUUUACAGGACGAAGAUACUGAAAAACAUCGUUGAAGCAAGCGUAGAUGCGGAUCCUAAGAACAAGAAAGCUGCAGGGAUUAUGCUUCUCACUCUAGCUCCAUUUCUCAUUGUGACACUGCCUGAUUUACUUGAUGCACAAUCUUGGAGUGACAUCACUAUCUUGAUCACUCUCAUAAUCUCCUGUUCUUCAACCUUUAUCUACUUUGUUUACUCGUAUUUUGAUACGGCAGACCAAAAGAAGAGCUUAGAUAAUGCCAAGUUUGAGCUCAUGUCUGAAGUUCAUAAACAUUUGCAAAGCUUUUCGCCUCGAAGCCUUAUAAGAGAUGGACAACUAACUAAAGAGAGCUUGAAAAGUUUGUUUGAUAAGAUCGAUAGGAACAAAGAUGGGAAGAUUCAAAUCUCGGAGCUUAAAGACUUAACCGUAGAGUUUGGAGUUUAUGGAAGAAUGAAAUGUGACAUCAAUGAGUUUGCAAACACUUUACUUGCUGAUUUUGACAAAGACAAAGAUGGUGAGUUAGACGAGAACGAGUUUGAAGAAGGGGUAAUGAAACUACUGAAUCAAUACAAGUUCGACAACCCAGAUACUCCAAGACAGGGCAACACUUGCAUUUACAGAACGGCAUCAGAUUCCGUGCAUGUCAAGAAUCUGUCUCAAGGCGAGGAAGCUGGAGUUUUAAAGCUGGAGAUGCCAAAGCAAACUCUUGUUGCUAAACUACUCUCUUUGAGAACCUUAAAAGCUGUCCUUAAAGUCAUUGGUGGGAUGCUAAUGGUCCUGUUUCUAGCUAAACCAUUUAUGAUCAACAUUAAUCUCUUGUCGGUUACAGCUGGAGUUCCUUCUUUCUACGCUGUAUUUGCAGUGAUCCCUUUGGUUAGAAACUUGAAGAACACGUUAUCUGCACAUUUCUGUAGAAAGAAAGACAAGGCAAGAAUCGCUUCUGAGAAAUUCUCUGAGAUCUAUAGGGAUGUUACAAUGAACAAUCUCAUGGGAAUGUCGAUUGUAUUGGCGAUUGUAUACACCAAAGGAUUGAAAUGGGAUUACUCAACCGAAGCUCUUGUUGCUGUGGUUGUUGGCCUUGCAAUUGGCUUACCGGCUUAUGUGAGAUCAACUUAUCCGUUUUGGAUUUGUGUAUUGGCCUUUGCUAUGUAUAUCUCCUCUCUUGUUUUAAUCUAUCUCCAUUUUCAUUUCAGAGGUCAGAACUAAAAUCUGUCCCUUUUGAGCUCUGAUCAGACUGAGAGUUUAUCAAUUUUCAUAUUGCUUUUCAUUUUCAUAAUGUUGAUGAGAGCUUAAUAAAACUUAUGUUCUCUUUGAUUACGCUUGCAGUCUUGUUUUUCUUCUUCUUAAACUAUGAUUAUAACAAAAGCUGGUAUUAGGCAUAGCGAUGUGAAUUAUUAGUCAUGUACUCCAAAAAUAUACAUCUCAAAUUAUAAAAAUUAUAUAAGUUUUUACUAAAUUUUUUUUUGGCCUCCAAAAUCUUAAGACCGAUCCUGAUUAUAACAUGGUACGUGGACUGAGCUCACAUUACAAGCUCAUAAGAGAUA